AUAUAGUCUUGCAUUUUCUGAGUUCUCUCUAGGAGCUUCUUUUUCAUCAAAACUCAGUUAGAAUAGAGAUUUUGUUCAAAUGGGUUCUUUAGAUAGAUCAAAAAAGAAGGUUCAGUUAUGGAAAAAAGCUGUUGUUCAUUUUGCUUUGUGUUUUGUUAUGGGUUUCUUUUCAGGCUUUGCUCCUACUGGUAAAUCUUCAGUAUUUUCAAGUCAAAUUAUUUCAUCAAACAAAUCUCAUUUUUCUCCUCAACCUGUCGAAGCGUUUCAUUUAGCAGUGACUCCACAGCCUGCUGGAGCUGAGAAGUUAAACCGGAGUUUGGUUGCUGAAACUCCAGUGGCAACUCGGGCGAGGUCUAAAGAAUCUGCAGAACGUGCAAAGUUUUUGGAAACACAAGAUCAAGAACAUGAACAGGAAAAAGAAACAAUGUCAAUUCCAAGAAGAUUAAUAAUUAUUGUUACGCCAUUGAUUAGUAAAGAUCGGUAUCAAGAAGUGUUCUUAAGGAGAUUAGCAAAUACUAUAAGGUUGGUUUCGCCGCCAUUGUUAUGGAUUGUUGUGGAAGGGCAAACUGAGUCGGACAAAGUAUCAGAAAUACUUAGAAAAACAGGUAUUAUGUAUAGGCAUUUGGUGUCAAAAGAGAACUUUACAGAUGCAGAAGCAGAAUCAGAUCAUCAAAGAAAUGUUGCUCUUAGGCAUAUUGAACAUCACAGGCUUGGUGGGAUUGUUCAUUUUGCUGGCCUUUCCAAUGUCUACGAUCUUGCCUUCUUUCAUGAGCUUAGAGAAAUUGAGGUGUUUGGGACAUGGCCAAUGGCGUUACUGUCAGCAAACAAGAAUAAGGUGAUAAUAGAAGGACCUGUCUGCGAUUCCUCAGUAGUUCUUGGAUGGCAUCUAAAGAAAAUGAACAAUGAAACAGAAGAAAGACCUCCAAUUCAUAUUUCAAGUUUUGCUUUCAAUAGUUCUAUUCUUUGGGAUCCUGAAAGAUGGGGUCGCCCUUCUUCAAUUCCACAUUCUUCACAGAAUUCAAUCAAAUUUGUCAAACAAGUUGCUCUUGAAGAUGAGGCCAAGCUAAAGGGAAUCCCACCAGAGGACUGCUCUAAAGUCAUGCUUUGGCAGCUUAAUUUUCCCAAUCAAAUUCAACCUACUUCAAGAAGAUGAGAAAGGAAAUUUUGGUCAAGAGAGAUUUCAAAAUUGAUCCUUAUACUAUAUAUUAGCACCAUUUUUACCCCUCAUUGAGCUCUUUUUUUUUUUUUUUUUCAUUUUUUUAUAGUAUGAGAUUAAUAGCAAAUGUAUUGAAUUUUACAUGGUCGCUCACUGUUUAUAACCAAACAAAAACUAAUUUGAAACAGAAUAAAACAGAGAAGAAAAGAAGUUGGAAUGGUGUAAGAAACGACGUGUGUUUUGAAGAAUAGUAUCUCCUCCCAAUGUCGUUGGAGGAGUUGUA